AUGAAUGGUUUUUUGCCGUUCAAGUCACAGGCUACCACGUCUACUACUACGGGAGAGUCUCUCUCAGCGGAUCCGCCACCAAGCCGAGCGGCGGGUGACGCUCCGGGUGCUAGCAAUGCACUUGGUUUGCUCGGCAGGUUUAACCAACUGCUGUCUCGCCUUGAGACUCGGGAUGAAAGCGACUCAUCCAAUGCUUCAGCGGUGUCUUCGUCCGAAGUGAAGGUUGAUUCACAUAAGACUUCCACGAACAAGGCCAAGGAAGACGACAACGUGGCCCUCGACUCAAAGGAGCAAUUGAAUGAUUAUAAAGAAGACAAAGACUCCACGAAAGCUAUCAAAACCUCUAAAGAUGAUCAACUGGACGUUUUCGGAGAGAACGAAGCCAAAGCGGUCGCAGCUAAUGCAAGCGAGGAAAACGAAAAGUGGGAGCCUUUGUCAGCAGCUAAGUCAACUGUUGACGAACAGCCCACUUCUUCAUCAUUAGACAACUCUACAGAGGAGAAAACCACUCCAGUUGUUUCAGAAGCAGUGGAUGAUGCAGAUGUGGCACCACAACCUACUGCGCACGCUGAAACUGAGGAAGCCGAACAUGCAAUUGACCCCAACAACAACGACGAUGAUAACGAGGAUAAAGAAGACGUUAACAAGGGUACAAAGCAAGAAACAAUUGAUUUGAAUCCUCCUGCGCAAGAGGAAUCCAAAUCAGAGGAUGUGGUUGCUGCGGAGUCUACAAGCAAGCCUGUAGAGCAGGAUGAGGAUAAGAAUGGUGAGCUGAAAAACCACCCCGCGGAUGAUGAAGAUGAAUUGUACAAUACUUCCGAAAAGCAGGAUAAAGCAGUCGAACCAGAGCCUCAAAAUACGAGCUCCGCUGACAUAAAGCAUGUUUCAGAAGAUGCAACACUGAACGAGGAGAUAAACAAUGAUCAAACAAUCAAGAAUGACGAAUCUAAAGCGCCGAAAGAUUUGCAAUCCAUAGAAAAGCUGUCGGAUAUUCCUGAGAGUAACGAGGAAAUCACAUCAAGUGAAGCUGCCAGAUCCAUUCCAACUAUACUGCAUCAUCCUGCUAAAGACGCUUCUAUGGCUGACUUUGGAGUAUUGAAACCUCAAGCUAAUGAAGCUCCACCUCCAGUACCUCCCAAGGGCAAUAUCAAACCUCGGCGAAAACUGCAACCACGUCAAUCGGGCCCUGUUGAUAUUCCGGAAACAUCGACAUCUGGGCGUACAUCUCUAGUUGCUCCCAUUGACGACCUUGUUGGUACAUCAUCGUCUCCUGCAUUGAGGGAAAUCGUUAUUCCCACACCUACUCAAAAUAAAGAGGGUAAAAUACCUCGUGGUAAGAGUUCCCAAUUCGAUAAACGCAAACCGUCCGUGGAGAUUGAUGCUCUGGAGCAGUAUCAAGUGUCACAUCGCCCCUUUGAUUUCCAAGUGUUCCUCAAUCACUUACGAAAGAAGCUGGCAGAUCCCCUUGUUCGUUAUAUUAGGCUGUUCUUGGUCAAUAUGAGCCGACAAGGACAUACACUUAGUGCUUCUCAAAGAGUGAAAACAGUCGCUGACUUCAAAGUUUUCAUAAAUGAAAAGUUUGCAUUAUUCGAACCGUUUGCGCUGAUGGAUGAACGUGAUCGUGAAAACCUGCGUGAGGGUUUGGAAAAGCUUAUCAUGAAUCGGUUAUAUGAGCAUUGUUUCCCCCCCGAGGUGGAAAAUCGCAGCCAGGGGAGAUUAAUUCCACACCAAUACUUGGAAGACUUGGAGGCAGACAGAAAGUUCAGUCGUCAAUUGGAGAAAUAUUCUUGGGUCAAUCUGACUCAUUUGGAAGUCAGCUUGGAAACGACGAAAGAGCUGGUUGAAUUCACUGAGUUAGCAGUCACUGAGCUCAAUAAGCUCAAUCGAUAUCGGGCGCCUCGUGACAAAAUCAUUUGUAUUUUGAAUGCCUGCAAAAUCAUCUUUUCGUUUCUCAAAGCAAACAAUCAGGAGCUCAAUGCGGAUGCCUUUAUUCCCUUGUUGAUUUUAAUAAUAUUCCAGGCGAAAACUCCGAAUUUGAUAUCGAACAUUCAUUACAUUCAACAAUAUCGCAGUGAUGAAUGGCUUCACCGUGGAGAAACACUGUACUACUUACUGAGUCUUGAGGCAGCAAUGCUUUUCAUUACCAAUUUGAGUCUCUCUGAUUUGACUAUUGAUCCUAAAGAAUAUGAAGCUCACAUGGAAGCAUGGGAGGCUGAAAAGACGCAGAAAGUUCAUCUUGUUCAGCCUACUCCCCAACGAGUUCCGGAAGAACGAGCAGGAACUUCACCAAGCAGUGUUUUACUUACAAGUGCCGAAAUGUUUACUAAGGGUAUUUCCAACCUUUUGACACCAUCACCACCGCCCCCCGCACCUAAGGAUCUGGACCUUGAGCCAGUUCGCCCAAUGCCCUUUGACGGACCUAUACCACUGCUGGCAAACGAGCAACAAGCGCAACUGCAACAACCCGAUACUGCCGAGCUUCUUCUGUUGCUCUCUGAGAUGUUCCCGUCUAUGGAUGCUGCCAUUAUUACAGAUCUUAUCCACUUGAAUAAUGGUAAUAUGGAAGCGUGUAUUGAUCAAUGUCUCGCUAUGGUGAAUGAAGUUUAA